CAAAGGGACAGUAUCUGUUUGACCUCAUCUGCCACCAUCUCAACUUGCUGGAGAAAGACUAUUUUGGCAUCAGAUAUGUGGAUCCAGACAAGCAGCGGCACUGGUUGGAGUUCUCAAAAUCAAUUGCAAAGCAAAUGAAAUUCAAUUCUUUUGGGUAAAAAAACUUCACUUUGGGCUUCUGCACCUUGUGUUGGGCGAGUAUCAUUAUUUGUGAUAUUUUAUAGAGUAAAUGAUUGAUCAAGAGGACAUUUUGAUUUAUCUAUAUUGAAAAAUCAAAAAAAUAUUUAUGUUUAGGAUUUAUUUAUGACAGGGGUGAUGCAUUGAUCAACAGACUGAGUCCAAACAGUUGGAAACUGUUUCCAUCUGUUGUCCUUGGUCCUAAAAAUAGAUCAAAACAUCAUAUCUUAUACAAUUAAUGUAUACAACAUAAUACAUAUGCACAAGAUAGUACAGUAAACUACCACCAAUAAAUAACGCCACCGUAUAACACAUGAUAGCUACAAUCCAUUACAAAUAAAGUAAAGAACAAAAGCAUGCAAGGAAGGGAAAUAGCAGGGCACUGAUCAAGACAAACAACUACUGUAGUAACUGACCUAAUAGGAUUUUUGAAACUUUACUCUAAAUCUGCCUGUCUGAGUCUCAAAACAGUCCUGCUGUCUCCCACAAUCGAUCGUUUGAUAUAUUACAAUGAAAGGAUUCCUGUGUGUUUCUUAAAUGUUUUGUGUGUGUUUCCUCCAGCUCAGCCUCCAUUCACCAUGUGUCUGAGAGUCAAGUUCUACCCUCCUGAACCCGCUUCUCUAAAGGAGGAAAUCACUCGAUAUCUUGUCUUCCUGCAAAUCAAGAGAGACCUCUACCACGGUCGGCUCCUGUGUAAAACCUCGGACGCGGCCAUGCUCGCUGCCCACAUCCUUCAAGCUGAGAUUGGUAAUUACGACCCUGGGAAGCAUCCUGAAGGUUACAGCUCCAAAUUUCAGUUCUUCCCUAAACAUUCGGAGAAGCUGGAGCGCCGGAUUUCAGACAUACACAAGACAGAGCUGAUUGGACAGACACCUGAAACAUCAGAGCGAAAUUUCCUGCAGAAAGCCCAGAUGCUGGAGACAUAUGGUGUUGAUCCACAUCCAUGCAAGGAUGUGUCCGGGAACCCAGCUUUCCUCGCCUUCACACCAUUUGGUUUUGUGGUGCUUCAGGGAAACAGGAGAGUUCAUUUUCUUAAAUGGAACGAAGUGACCAAACUGAAGUUCGAAGGCAAGACCUUCCACGUACAUGCAAAUCAGAGGGAGGACAAAAAGAUCAUCUUGACAUACUUUGCGCCCACACCGGAGGCAUGCAAGCACCUUUGGAAGUGUGGAGUGGAGAACCAAGCGUUCUAUAAGCUUGAGAAGUCAAGUCAAGUUCGAACGGUGUCCAGCAGCAACUUGUUCUUCAAGGGCAGCCGUUUCCGUUACAGUGGUCGAGUGGCAAAAGAGGUGAUGGAGCAGAGUGCCAAAAUCAAACGCGAACCUCCAGAAAUACACAGAGCUGGCCUCGUGCCCAGCAGAAGUUGUCCAUCCAUCACACACGGGCCUCGCCUAACCAGUGUGCCACGCACGCGUCGGAGAGCUGUGCACAUAUCUAUCAUGGAGGGUCUGGAGUCAUUGCGUGACAGUGCCCACUCUACACCGGUGCGUUCAGUGUCCCAUGGGGACUGCUUCAUGCCACGCUCCCGGAGCCAGGCCACGGACGCCAGUGAGAGGACUGCGGUGAUCUCGGACGAGGCCUACAGCCCGUCUGACAGCGUCCUGCCCACCCCGGUGGCCGAGCACAGCAUGGAGCUGGCUGUCUCGCGCCAGAUCAACGGGGCGCCCUGCAGCAUCGAGGAGGAGAAGGAGUCGGAGGCGGGCACCCCCAUGCGCGGAGAAGGGGGUGAUUUUGGUGCGGACGGUAGAUCUGCACAGGAGGGUGCAGGGGGGGACUCGGCCCUCAGCGAGGUGGAACAGGUGAAUAAAUUUGUCUUAAGUGUCCUCCGUUUGCUCCUUGUGACCAUUGGACUCCUCUUUGUCUUGCUCCUCCUCCUCAUCAUCCUCACCGAGUCAGACCUUGACAUUGCAUUUUUACGUGAUAUCCGCCAGACCCCAGAAUUUGAGCAGUUCCAUUACGAAUACUUUUGUCCCCUCAGGCGGUGGUUUGCCUGCAAGCUCCGCUGGGUGGGCGGGUUGCUCGUUAACAAGUGAGAGUGAGGUCGUAGAGUUCGUAAGCCCGUUCAGGGGUCUGAGAUGACGGUUUAGGACUCCGGAGUGAUGGAGGGCAGCCUCGUCCCAACCAUGAACCCUGCUUGUCUCAUCAUCCUCCUGCAGACAUACAGCUUGGACCACUCCUGGUAACACCGGGCCUGGAUCUCUCUUCCCCUCCUCCACUUUGAGUUAACCCCCCUACCCACCCAACCACCUCCUCGUUUCGCUUGUUUUCUUCUUCUUUUUCUACAAAGCCUAAGGACUUUUUUUUUUUUUUUUUUUUUUUUGCUUUUUUUUUUAUUUCAACUCAUUUCAGGUAUUUUAUUUUUUCAAAUAACACAAAGGAAAAAAAUUUAAACAGAAAUCAAAGAACUGAAGAAAUUUAAACGGUUCCUUUUUACAGGAAGAUUUUGUUGAAACGGAUGAACGUUGCCUUCAUUUAUUAUUUAUUGCUUUUAAACAUGUAUUUGCAUAAGGAAAGGAGAAAAGAUGAACAGCAAUCGAGAAGUUGAUUUGUCAUUAAAGUGAAGAUGGAAGUGAGUUUUGUUAGAGUUGAUAGGCCUACUGCUGUGAGUAGUAUAUGUGAGGCAAAGUAGUAUAAUAUCUUUCGAUAUUGGUUAAUCCCCAUCAGAAGUCAACUAGACAAACAACAGAUUCAGAAAAACAAUCUGUAGGGAAUUAAACUGAUAGCAGGCAGGGUGAUUACCAAAUGCCUUUUUCAAGAAUAAGAAAAGGUUGAUUUGUGGAUUGUUUUAAGACACAAUUACACUUUAGUAUACAGUGGUGUACAAAGGAAACUGAAGAAGAACAACGUUGUAUUUCUAACAUUUUAUAGGGAUACAGUAAAAUAAACCAGUACCAAUAGUGUGUCAGAUGCGGUUAGAGAAAUAUUCAUGAAGAGCAAAGAUUCGCUGGCACCAAUAGAUAAGUCUAGAUAGAUGUGCAGUGCUCAUAUGGUUUUAAUAAUGAAGUACUUUUGAAUGUGCUCAUUUGUUCAGUUGUUCUGUUAUUUCUCCAGUUAAUUUGAUUUGCAUUUUUCUCAUCAAGUUGAAAUUCGAUGAAUUUCAAUCAUUUCUUUGUAUGAAGAGUUUAUGAUUUAUUUUGGUUUCAUAUCAACCUUGCACUUAGGUUUAUGUAUCAUACUAUAUUAUUAUUAGAAUAAGAAUAAUGAUGUACUUUUUGUACAAAUUAGUUUGUUCUAGUAGUUUUCCUAAUAUAUAUUGACAGGUUUUCCAUGUAUAUUUUAACAGAACUGAAAUGUUAUUUUGUUAUUGAAGAUUAAAUUAUACCUUUUUUAGCGCUGUGUUUCAAGUAAGGUCAGAAGCAUUUAUGGAAAUGUGGAAGUGGGGACUAAAAAAACAAGGUUUUUAUCCAGAUCCACU